CAGUGGGUUCAGUUAAAGGGUUCAGAGGAGAGUGAGCCAAACAACAACAACUUGAGGCCGUCCAUCAUGAGUCUCCUCCUCUUGUCAGCCUAAACUGUGGAGACUUUUACCUGCACAGUAUUAAGGGCAACACAAGAUGAAUCCCCUGACGAAUGUGAAGAACAUCCAGAAACUGAACCAGAGAGAACUAGAGCUUGGGGUGAGCCUCAAGAGCUCAUGGCAUCAGCAGUACCGUGACAGUGCCUGGGUCUUCCUUGGGGGACUCAACUAUGAACUAACUGAGGGAGAUAUUAUAUGUGUCUUCUCUCAGUAUGGUGAGGUGGUCAACAUCAACCUGGUGCGGGACAAAAAGACGGGAAAGAGCAAAGGAUUUGCUUUUUUGUGUUAUGAAGAUCAGAGGUCCACAAUCCUGGCCGUGGAUAACUUAAAUGGCAUCAAGCUAGCGAGCCGCACCAUCAGGGUGGACCACGUGGAGGAGUACAAGGUGCCCAAGAUGACGGAGGACAUGAUGCCCGAGCAGCAGAAGCUGGCCAUGGAGGGGUGCGCUCCACAGCCUCGCUCACUAACACCUGACAACUGUGAGGAGGAUCUACGAGUCAGAGAAGAAAAAACAAUUAAGAAAGAAAAACUAGAGAAAGUGAAGGUAAAGAAAGAAAAGAAGAAAAAGAAGAAGAAGAGGAAAGUGUCUUCGUCGUCUUCGGACAGUCCGUCGUCGUCCGAAGAUUCCGACGACGAGGAGAAGAAAAAGAAGAAAAAGAAAAAGAAGAAGAAGAAAAAGAAGAGGAAGAAGGCGAAAGAAGAAUCGGAUUCGCAGAGCAGCAGCGACGAUUCGGCCAGAGAAGAAGAGCGCAGCAGGACAAAGAACAGGGAGAAGGCCGACGAGGGGAUGCCGGCAGUGAAGGAGGAGAAGCACGACCCGGGCUACGACAAGUACGAACAGUCCGGACUCCAGGACGAGGAGUACAGGUUUAAGAGCAGAGAAAGAGAUAAGAGUCAGGAGAGGUACAGCAGAGACUUCCAGAGAGAUAGAGGAGGACAAGACCGAUACAGAGACCAAGAGAGACACAGAGAUCAAGAGAGAUACAGAGAACAUGAGAGAUACAGAGACAAUUUUAUGAGAGACAGUAGAGAAAGAGAGAGAAGGCAUGACAGAUACAAAGAUAACACGAAGAGAGAUAAUGAAUGUUACGGCUACAGGGACGACCGCGACAGAAUCAGGGAACACGGGCACUGGGGCGGCGGCGGCUCAGAUGGUCGCUACAGAGGACGUGGCAGAGGAAGGUACUUUGACGGGGACAGAGGACGCGGCAGGUUCUAUAAUGCCAACUUUAACAGACGGGGAAACUUUGGCAGAGGCAGAGGUGGAUUCAGGUUCAGAGGAAGACGAUAGAAUGAUUGAAUCGUGAGCGGGUGUGUGUGUGUGUGUGUACCUAAUGUAGACAGUCACACGUGUAGGAUGAAUAAUGAUUUAGCUGAUUAAGAAGUGACAGUAACUUGUUUGUUUAUAUACCAUAGGCCAAACAUUUAAUCUCUUUCUGACUUUAUUGGAAAAACCUAAAUUAUAUACUAUAAACAAGUAGGAAUUUCCCAUAUAGACAAAACCAUAACCCAGCCUAGCCUAACCUAACCAUGUUUAUCGUUCUCUGUCUAACCUUCCCUGACAAUUAGAGCUAUGUGCCUUAACAUCGACCUGUCCUCUUGCACGUUCAGCCUCACGUUGUGUCUCAUUACUGUACUUACUAUGUUUGUGUGGUCAGUGCUUUGAUGUUGUCCUUAUCUUACCCUUAAUUAAACCAAAAUAUUCUUCCUGUGUUACAUUACUCGUCUCUGAUACACCUUAACACCCUGUACACGGAUCCUCCAAGUUAUUCCUCUGUGCACCUUCAUGGGGGUCUGUCCCUCAUAUAACCCGUUGCUUAGGAAGGAAAUGAUAAUCACACCGACGUUUCCUCCUGUUGUUACACUAGUAGCCCUAACUCCUGUAAUAUUGAGAGCAAAGUUUGUUGUGUUUAGGGUUCACUGUCACCUGCACUGUACAGUAUAUUGUGUGUUUAGCUGUGCCUCUCUCUGUGUGGUUGUCAUCCAUAAAGUAGGAGUUUAUGUUGGUCUCCAUCAUUUGUAUCUGGUUGUUACUUAAUCUGUAAUAAUGAUUUUUUGUAUUUAUGAAGGUGUGUGCUGAGUUAAACCAUAAUGUUAUACUCUCAUAUAUUAUACAAGUACUGUAUAAUCAUUUUCUAUAUGUAAGAUAUCAUCAUAAAGUGUUGUGAGUACA